UUGCUAGGUCUGAUAGGCUCCCUUCAGCCCUCAACAUUGCAAGCCCCCCCCUCCCAACCCCGCGCCAGCCCCUGGAGUUUGUCGCGGGAAUAUUGGCUGUCGGAGCCAGUGGGCUGCUGGAGAGAGAGAGAGACAGAGGCGUGGCCGCAGGAGGCGAGAGGCAGUGCGAGUCGGGUUCUCUUGCGUGGAGCUGGCUUUGCUCGCGUCUCUCUGUGUGUGUCUUUACGCGCGCAGGGUACCCUUCUUCCGAAAGGUCAGCCUGGAGAGCCUCUGCGCCUGGAGGAUCGGACGCCGGGCAGCGGGACCAUGGAAGGCUCCCGAGCUUUCUGGGCGGUCGCUUUGCUGGCUCUUCUUCUGGGCGAAUCAACAGGUGGUACCAGACCUUCUAUUAUUCCAGCAGUUUCCACUUGGGUUGUGAAUAGUGGACAAGAGUUUAAGCUGUUGUGUAGUGACGGUGGCACUGUGACCUGGGAUUUUCAGAGUUCGGACCCAUCAGGAAAGCCCCUCAGAUCAUCAGAAAAGGAGGAGUUACACAUAACUAAAGCAGAAGCAAGCCACACAGGAACAUAUACAUGUAUAAACAAAGAGGGAUUGAACAACUCAAUUUAUGUUUUUGUUAAAGAUCCAGCAGUCCUGUUCUUUCGUGAGCCUGUCACAUAUGCGAUGGAAGAUAGUGAUGCUCUCAUUCAGUGCCCAGUGACAGAUCCAGACAUUUCAAAUUUCACUUUGAAAAGAUGUCCCGGGAAACCUCUGACUGAGAAUAUGGUGAUAGUUCCUGAUCUUCAGAAAGGAAUUACCAUAAAAAAUGUACAGAGAUCAUUUUCUGGUUGUUACCAGUGUGUGGCAUAUCAAAAUGGAGAGGAGAAGGUGUCACAAUUUAUUACACUGGUCGUGAGGGCAGUUCACAAAUCCCUUCCAGCCAUCUCCUUAUCCAAAACCAACCAACUUCUUAAAGAAGGUGAAGAAUUUGAAGUUACAUGCACAAUCAAGGAUGUAGAUAGCACUCUGCAAGCUAAUUGGAUUUUUCAAGGCAGCGCGACUGUUACAGGGAGAAGCAGGAAUACGGGCACUUAUGGAUAUGAAAAGAAAUUAAAGCUGAACAUCAGUUCAGUGGGAGUUAAUGAUUCUGGAGCAUUUGUGUGCCAAGGAAGAAACACUUUUGGAACAAUCAAUUCCACUAUAACCUUGAAAGUACUAGGUAAAGGAUAUGUCAAUUUAUCAACUUCGGCAAACACAACAGUAAAUGUAAAUGAUGGAGAAAAUCUGGAUUUAAUCGUGGCGUAUGAGGCAUAUCCAAGGCCGGAAGAAGAAGUAUGGAUGUACAUGAAUGAAACCUUGCAAAAUUCAUCCGAUCAUUAUGUGCGGGUCACAAACAUAGACAAAAACAGGUAUUCCAGUGAGCUUCACCUUACUCGACUGAAGGGAACAGAAGGAGGCGUAUACACAUUUUUUGUGUCCAACUCAGAUGCCAACUCCUCUAUAGCAUUUAAUGUCUAUGUGAACACCAAACCGGAAAUUGUUGCUUCAGACAGGCUUAGCAAUGGCAUGCUUCACUGUGUGGCUGCUGGGUACCCUGCCCCGAAAAUAGACUGGUAUUUCUGCACAGCAGCUGAGCAAAGGUGUUCAGAUUCACCAAACAUUUCACCAGUAGAUGUGAAGACCAAUUAUAAAGAUUCGCCUUUUCCUCCUUUUGGGAAGAUAGUUGUUGAAAGCACCGUGGAUGCCAGCAUGUUCAAGAAUGGCACUGUUGCAUGUGAGGCAUCCAACGACAUUGCCAGGAGCACUGCUUUUUUCAACUUUGCCAUUAAAGAACAAAUAAGCACCCACACCCUUUUCACUCCUUUGUUAAUUGGCUUUGGAGCAGCGGCAGGACUGAUGUGCAUCACAGUCAUCAUCCUUGUGUACAAAUAUCUGCAGAAACCAAAAUAUGAGGUUCAGUGGAAAGUAGUUGACGAAAUAAAUGGAAACAACUAUGUUUACAUAGAUCCCACACAGCUUCCUUAUGACGACAAAUGGGAGUUUCCGAGAAACCGGCUAAGUUUUGGCAAGAUUCUUGGAGCUGGAGCUUUUGGGAAAGUCGUUGAAGCCACUGCCUAUGGUCUCUUCAAACCUGAUGGAGCAAUGAGAGUAGCUGUAAAGAUGCUCAAACCUAGCGCCCAUUUCACUGAGAAGGAAGCCCUGAUGUCUGAGCUGAAAGUCCUGAGUUACCUUGGCAACCACAUUAACAUUGUCAAUCUACUCGGAGCCUGUACAGUUGGAGGUCCUACUCUGGUCAUCACAGAAUACUGCUGCUAUGGUGACCUUUUGAAUUUUCUGAGAAGGAAACGUGACUCUUUUAUUUGCCCAAAGCAUGAAGAAACAGCUGUCUACAAGAACCUUCUCUAUCAAAAAGAACACAUGUAUGAUGCCGCUAAUGAAUACAUGGACAUGAAACCAGGAGUUUCUCAGGUCAUCCACACCAAUGCCACUAAAAGGAGUCCAGGCAGGCCAGGAUCGUUUGCUAAUCAGGAUGUCACCAUUGCCAUCUUAGAAGAUGAUGAGCUGGCUCUGGAUAUUGAAGACUUGCUAAGUUUUUCUUACCAGGUGGCAAAAGGGAUGAGCUUCCUUUCCUCCAAAAAUUGCAUUCACAGAGACCUGGCAGCAAGAAACAUAUUGCUUACUCAUGGGCGGAUUACAAAAAUAUGUGACUUUGGCCUUGCAAGAGAUAUCAGGAAUGACUCAAAUUAUGUGGUCAAAGGAAAUGCACGGCUUCCUGUGAAAUGGAUGGCACCUGAAAGCAUUUUUGAAUGUGUAUACACGUUUGAGAGUGAUGUCUGGUCUUACGGAAUCCUGCUUUGGGAACUGUUCUCUCUAGGAAGCAGUCCCUAUCCUGGAAUGCCUGUGGAUUCCAAGUUCUAUAAAAGGAUUAAGGAAGGAUACAGAAUGUUUACUCCAGAAUUUGCACCUGCUGAAAUGUAUGAGAUAAUGAAGAGCUGCUGGGAUGCUGACCCCGUGAAGAGGCCGACUUUUAAGCAAAUUGUACAAUUGAUUGAGCAGCAGAUUUCAGAUACCACAAACCAUAUUUACUCAAAUGUUACAAGUGACGUUUGCACUCAAGGAAAUGCUCCGGAUCACUCGGUGAGAAUAAAUUCAGUAGGCAGCAGCGCUUCAUCGACUCAGCCCUUGCUCACACAUGAAGUUGCUUGACAGGAGACUUGUCCAGCCUCCCUUGAUGAAGAAACUACUGUUGUUGUUUUCGAAAUGACUACCGGUUGUUCGCAGUGUAUCCACUACUACGCCAAGGGUAGUAGGAACAUUGCAGUGAUAUUCUUGCUCUGUCCCCCCCCCUCUUUUUUGAAAAUCACAUGCUGUUAAAAACAAAAGUAGGUUACCCAUCACAGUUAACAAUGUCGUUACACUGUUUGCUAGAAUCUGUAUAGUUGCUAUGUUAAAUGUGUUCGUAGUGUAGAACCAGAUUUGGGAGUGGGAAAACAACCUGUUUAAAAUCUUUGGUAUGGAUUAAAGAUGUAUCUAUCUGUAUAUAUAUGUAUAUAUAUAAUGCCAGACGUCAAGAGCUCUGAUUCUAGAAAAUAGGUGUUUAUGUUUGGAAAUGAAUAAAUGCAGGUAUCUGAAUCGAUUUCCAUUACUUUCCCAACCCCAGAAAUGUUAGAAAUGCAAGCAAAAAGCAAAACAUAUAACAUUCCAAAUCCUGGAGCAAAAUAGACCACUUGAGCAGAAGGGAAUGGAAAGACCCUGAAUAUUGUAGCACCUCAGCUUGAGCAUCUCAGAUGUUGGGCCACCUCUUAGGACAAGGGUGGGGGACCUGUGGCCCUCCACAUUUCCAGUUCAUAUGAUCAUAGCCAAUGGCAGAAAAGAGUCUAGCAACAUCGGAGUGGCAGUUCCCACCUGGUCUGUCCCCCGCUUGAUGCUUCUGUAACUUCCAUUCCUGGUAGAAGAUUGGGCACGGGUGGGGUGGUGGAGAGAGAAGAUUAUGUUCAUGCUUCAUUUUUGUACAUGUACCUAUAUUUUGUAACGUGUGAGUGGCUGUCCCGUGGUUGGUUUUAAUUAUUUUUCAUAGCUUCAUCUACUUUGGCAGGUCAGUCUCUGCAUCCAUUUCUCACGGCAUAUGCCAGGAAGAAGAAAAUUCUCUGCUGGGUGGCUAUUUCCAAGUUACCAAAAUAAUUGCAUCCCCGUUGACUGCUGCUUCUCAGUUUGGAGAAGAAAUAUGUCUUAUUUGCAUUUCACAACUUACAGUUGUAUGUUCUCUGUAAAGCUCUUAUAGUCUGAUCAGAGACUAGGCAAGGUGUUAGUGGUAUGAGUUAGGUACCUUCUGAAGAAAGCUGCUCAUUUUUCACAGCUUUUAUUACCACCAACGUGAUUAUUGUUUGCAAAAGUCAUUUUCUUUCCCUUCUUAUUCUUCCCCAAGUAUCUCCUGGUUGCAUUUUUCUACACAACCGUGAAAGCUUCCUGUAGAGGCCCACAUAACCACAUCCUGGGGAAGGGCUUAUCCCUCUGUAACAUUAUGUACUGCAGGGAUGGCGACACAUGAUAAAUAACUUGCUUGAGGUUUUGGAUUUUCAUGUUAGAGCCAAGGUAUAGCAGGCAGGUAGAUUUAGGAAUGGCAUACCGAUAUUGCUACUGUUGUUUCAGAAUCCAUCCUUAUUGUCCUAGACCAUAAAAAGAUGCUUAAACAUUCUAGACCCUUUGUUUCCCCCCUAAAAGUUUCAGUUUUCCAUAAAGCAGCGAAAAUUAGAAGAAGGCAUGUAGGUAAUAGACCAAUUUUGAAAUAGUUAUUUAUUCAUAGUGCACCAGCAUUUCAGCACCGUGUUAUUUCAGCACACCUUUGUUGAGUUUACAUUGUUUCGUUAGAAGUAGCUUUUCACCCAAAUGCAAGAUAAUUUAAAAAUAUAUAUAUAUACACUGCUUGAUUCCUCAAAUUACACUGAAUACCACUCACUUUUACUGUAUGAUCUGAUCUAUAGCUACAUUUUCCUCCAUGCCACUUGGGGCUCUAUUUACAGAUGUUUACUAGCCAGCCUUCACAGUAGACACUAGUUAUUUACGCUUUUGCACCUUUCCAAAGUUUGGGCGAAGAAGGGCUCAGUCUAAAAUCCACAUAUGCAGGGGUUUCCCAUUCUCUUCUGUGAAGGGAAACGCUCCCAAAAUGCACCGGUUGUUCUCAUUGCACAUGUAGGUCAUUUUCCUGUUCUGAUAAUGGGGAAGCCUUGGCUUCUAUCCUGCACUUGACCCCAACUUCCAAGGAUACAUCCCAACACCUUUUUGGCUUCCAUAGCUGUCGGAAGGCAUAAUAAUUUUCCACACUGCGGUACUUCAUUGGCACUUAGAUGGAAGACUUUAUUCCUUUAAUGUUCUCAAAAGUUAUAUUUUUAUAUAUUUUUUUGGAAAAAUUAGUUUCAGGUUUGUAGCAAUAAUGUCUCCUCAACUCCUUUAGGCUCUUGAAAAAUAUUUUUAUAUAAAUAUAUAUAUAUAUGCAAAGCAGCUGUAUGUAUAAAUAUGUGGAUGUUUGAAAAGUUGUAUUGUUAAAAGAGUUUAAAUAAAAGUGUUAAUAAUAUACAUUCAUUUAUAGCCGUGCUGUGAUAUACUUUGCUAGUUCCAUCAUUGCCCUGUGGCUUAAUCAACCUGCUUUUUUAUGGUCUAUAUGAGCUUACUAGCAAUCUAUA